CCACAAGUGAUCAGUGAUACACAUGGAGGAGAGGUUCGUUAAAAUCUUGUACAAAAAAUCUCUCCUUCUUCAGUUUUACUAUCAAGUGAAUUCUUUGAUAAAUUUUUUUUUUGUCACAAUUUAUAAUUUUUGUGGCUUAAAAAGUUAUUAGAAUCAUUUAUUGAUGUGAAGUGACCAGAAAAAAUUAAAAAAAUGACUGAUGAGACUUAUGAAAUGCCUCAAAAUGUUCCUGACACACCUAAAACCAUCCAAACCAUUCCACUAGGUGACCAACGAAAAGCUGUUCUGAGACAAGAACUUAUGGUUCUUUUGAUGAAUCUUGGAAUGCUUAUUAAUGGCACUACACUGGCGCUACCAUCUGUUACCCUUGAUCAUCUAACAAAUCCUGCCGAAGUCAUUCACUUGGACAAAUCACAAGCUUCAUGGUAUGGUAAGACUUCAGCUAGCACUGUUGCAUGUCCAAUAGGCUGUUUUGCAGGAGUCUUCUUAGUUGAUAAGUUUGGAAGAAAAGCAUCAGUUUGCUUGGUUAACAUAUUAGGAAUCUUCUCAUGGAUUUUAAUGUCAACAGCGUUCUACGAUGAUCCAAGUUAUGUUUUUCUGCAACUAAUGGCAUCCCGAUUAUUAUCUGGAAUCGCUGCUGGAAGUGGUAGUUCACCUGCUUCUGUUUAUGGAGCAGAAAUAAGUUCACCUAAGCUUCGAGCUAGAUUAACAAAUGUUACAUCUAUGGCCAUUUCUGCUGGAGUUCUAUUAAUUUAUAUUGUUGGCUAUUUUAUUAGGGAGGAUUGGCGUUUACUAGGAAUGGUAAUGUUGGCUUAUCAGUUUGUCUGCUUGAUUUUAUUGAUUCCCGUCAAAGAAACUCCCAGUUGGCUUUUAUCAAAGGGACGAAUUGAUGAAGCUAAGGCAUCUUUAUCAUACUUCAGAGGACUUGGUGUUGGUGAAACCCAUGUGGAAGUAGAAAAUGAGUUCACAUUGCUCAGAGUGGCCGUUCCACAAAAUGCCGAUAAAGAGAAAGUAUCAUUUUUCAAAUCGUUUUGUCUUCCUGAAGUCUACAAACCACUCCUGAUUGCAGUGAUUUUCUUCGUUUGUCAACAAUUUUCAGGAACUUUCGUUGUCGUUGUCUAUGCAGUUCAAAUUAUAACAAAAGCUGGAGUUCUAAUAGAUCCUUUCUUGUGUGCUAUUUAUGUUGGAAUAGCUCGAUUUAUUGUCACUUCUGUUGUAAUAACUUGGCAAUUGGAAAAUUGGGGUCGUCGUCAAGUUAGUAUUUUCUCAGCUGCUACCACAGGUCUUUGUUUAUUGGUAUUAGCUGGAUCAAGCUGGUUUACUUGGUUGCAUAUACCAACUCUUUCAGCAGUAGCCAUCGUUAGUUUUGUUGUUGCUUCAGCAGGGUUAUGGACAAUUCCAUUUUUAAUUUUGCCCGAAAUCUUUCCACAAAAAGUUCGAGGUGCAUUUUGUGGAUUUACUGUUGGUGUUGCAGAUUUAAUAGCAUUUUCAUCAAUUAAAAUAUUCCCUUCGAUGGUCGAUUGGAUGGGAACGGGAAAUGUUUUUGCUUUUUAUGGUUGUAUUGCGGUUUUAACGAUAUUUUUUGUAUAUUGGUUUAUUCCGGAAACAAAAGGAAAAACUUUUCUGGAAAUUGAAGAUUGUUUUCGAACAAAGAAAUAAAAUAGAAUUUAAGAAAUUUAUGU